AUGUCUAAUAAAAGAUAUAACAUUAACUUACAAAUUAUUGGAUGUAAAGUAGGAGCUACAUCCAUAAUUAAAAGAUUUUGUAAUAAAGAAUUUGAAAAAAAACCAUUACAUCAAGAUUUUUACAAUAUAAUUAUUGAAAAUUUUAAAAUCAAUGUUUGGGAUCAUUGUAUACCCAAUUAUUAUUAUAUAGGUAUUCCUGCUUUUAUAUUAAAGAAUUUCGAUGGAAUCAUAAUGGUUUAUGACAUAACAAACAUAAAGUCAUUCAACUUUAUUAAAACUCAUUGGUACCAGGAAUAUUUAAAAGAAAAAUCAAAUAACGAAAAUGAAGUUAUGGAUAAUAAAAAAAAAAUAUAUGAUCACCUGAUGAUAAUUGGAACCAAAUCAGAUGAAAGAGAUAAAUCAAAUUUUAAAGAAUGUGUGAAUAGUGAUGCUGCCAGAGAUUAUGCCCAUUCAAUUGGUGCUCUUUUUUUCGAAGUAUCCUCCAAAGAAAAUUUAAAUAUUAAUGAAUCUUUUAACGAAUUAAUAAAUAAAAUAAAAUUAAAUUAUAAUCAAAAUGGUGAAGAAAUAUUGCAAUAUUCAAUAAUAAAUAUAUAA